AUGCUCGCGUCGCUGGUCCUGGAGUUCCCGACCACUACCUCGGUGAAGGAUGGUAGAUACGUCGUGCGAACGUGUAUUGUGAAGGCAGGACCGCAGGUAUCGCCGCCGGGGUGUGGCCUGGAGGCUAAAGUGCCCGCGGAGCGGCCCUGGUCCGUGGACAGCCUCCGCUCUCUGGAUAAGUCCGUCUCCGAGGUUCCCGAGCUGUCGCUCAGCGCCCUCGGGGACGAGCUGGAGGAGGAGCGACGAGUCGUGGGUCUUCUGGGACGAGCAGAAGAAGAACACCCCGGGCCCCAACGGCCAGCCGCGCCGGAAGGUCCCAGAGGUGUUGCCCGACCCGCUGCCCUCGCUGGCGGGCCGCGCUGCGGAGAGUCAUCCGAGAUCGACAGGUUCAUUCCUCGCGACCCCCGCGAGGAGGAGGAGGAGCAGGCUGCAGACAUGGGGAUGGAUUUCCACAAGGCCUACGACGCCGAGACGGUGGUCCUGAACAUCGAGGGGGACCGCCUCGAGGUCCCAAGCCUCAAGACCUACGAGGAGGCGGUUGAGAAGCUUGGGUUCCCCCCCUUCCUGCGCGCCAGCCUCGCGGAGAGGGGGUACUACCGCCUCACCCCUGUGCAGGAGGCCACCAUGCCGCUCAUGGGGGCCCGGGCGGACUUCCUGGCCUCCUCCUUCACGGGGUCAGGCAAAACAGCUGCGUACCUGUUGCCGAUCUUGGCCGCCCUCGAGAAGUUGUCCAGGCUGCGGCCGGGCGCGCUCGUGGCCGCGCACUAUAAACUGCGGGACGGCCGUAGGAGCACGCAACUCGGCGUGGCGCACGUGCGCGGCCUCAGGGACGACGAUGUGGCGCUCGAGUUCGAAAGGGACUCCGGCGAGAGGCACAGGCAGUUCGUGCCCGUGGAGUGGGUGAUGGGCUCGCCAGACCCGCAGCCCCCGGCUUUGGAGCUCGCGCCGCGUGGCCACGGUGGGCACGUCGCGCGGGAGGCGCCCUCGUGCGCAGGUGGCCUCGUCCAGGUGCGCAAGCAGCCGCUCGUCGCGCCCCAGCGCAACAAGACUGGCUGCUGUGCUCUUUCCACGGCGCCCGAGUGCCAUGGCGACUCCUAUUCUCCCUUCGGUGCGGCAGCUCCAGCGAAGCGCGUCGACGCCGGCACGGGCGGUCUGAACCAGGCUGGCCUUGAGCGAUCUCCGCUGCUGGACAGCGGGGAUCGCUCGGGAUCGAGCGCCCUGCGCGGCGUCGGAGCACCACGCCCGCCGCGCGGGCUGCGUGCUGCGCAUCGGGGCGGCUGCGGCGUGCCGUGCUUGCGGGGGCCCACGCCGCCAGAGCUCACCGCACCGCGGGCCACGGGCGAGGCCGCGGGCGAGGCCGCGGGCGAGGAGCCCCUGGGCCAGGGCGCGCCGCAGCAGGGCGGCGACGACGGCCAGGCCCAGGCGUGGGCGGCCAGGGACUGCGCCCUGCUCGAGUGGUCCGACUGGUCCGACUGCGGGCGGCUGCGGUCCAGCAGGCACGGCAGGUGUCCCGACUGCUACUGCGCGGAGUCGCCCGCCUGCCCCCCGCGGGGGAGUCCCUCGGCCGUGGCGGCAGCGAUUGAGAUUAUCGCCAGCAUGCCCGACGGCGACGUGUACUUAGAGGUGAACGGCAGUUCUGAUCCCAACGUCGCGGCGAUGAGGUGGAGUGACGCUCGCCAGCCACCGCCGCCAGGGGUGCCGCGCGGCUCGUGGCGCUUCCGCUGGGACGUGACGUCCGCUGAGCAGCGGGAGUUCCAGCGCCUGGCGAAGAUCGCGGCCAGGGACGUGUACGUAGCUCGCGACCGCCGUGCAGGCGGGCCAAGCAUGAAACCGGCAGGGGGCGCGUUGCAUCCUCUGGCCGCCGAUCCCGCUCGCGCGCCGCUGCCGGCGCCCAGGUCCGGCGAGCUCGUGUGGGUCGUGUCGGAGUCGCAGCGUGGGCUGCAGCGCGGGAUGGUGGUCUUCCUGGGCGCGGGCGUGCCGAUGGUCGGGGACGUUGGGAUGUACCAGGUGCCUGGAGCUCCGCCCGGACCUCGCGGCCCCGCUGCGGUGUCAGUGCGGCGGAUGCUGUUCGGUGGGCCCUUGGACUUCAUGCGUAACGCGAGUGGCGCCGACGUCCGCGUGAUGCCCGUGGAGGCGCGCCGCGCGUGGCGGCGGCGGACUCGUCGACGGGAAUCCACCGACGCUGCCGCCGACGAGCCCGCCAGCACCUUGAACGGCAUGCGCUGGGCGCCCCGCGGCGGGUCGCCCCGCCCGGCCAAAGACUCGCUCUUCACCGCCUUCGACAGCGCGCGGUGGACAUGGGGCCGCCCCCCCGUGGACCUCGACGGGCCAAGGGCCUUCGACGAGCUCGGGUCCAAGCUAGCUUGCGACGGCUCGUCCUCGCGGCUGGCGCUUCUUCGCGUGGAACUGCUGGGCGAGGCCCUGCCCGGUUUCCGCUCUGCGGCGCUGGGGGAGGGGGUGCCGCGGGUGCCACGGGCGAGUUGGUCGAUCAGGGGCGCUGGGUUUUCCAAGCGGCUGCAGGCCGCUCAUCUGCCGCCCGCGCGCGGGGGCAGGGUGUCGAGCGCGUCGGGGGCCAGCCGGCUCGUCCAGGGGUCCGCGCUCAUCCUUUCGGCGCCGCGCUGCCGAGGGGCAGGGUUUCCGGCGCCGCAGGCGCGCCGGGCCCCUUGCGUGGAGCAGGCCCCGCUUGGGCCCGACGUCAGCGCGGCCGACGCGCUGGUGAGCGUCGGCGGCGACGCUUUCGGCUGGCGCUUCGCCGAGGGCGGCAUGUGCUCCAUGUCUCUGCGUAGCGCGUGGCGGUUCCGCCUGGCGCUUCAGGGUGUCGCGAAGAUCGGGGGGGCCAGUGGGCGCGAGAUCUCGGCGCUGCUCGGGCGCUUCGCCACUCGCGGCCUCGUCCGCCGAUCGGUGCUUUCGGCGCCGCAGGCCGAGGUUGUCCUCCGCGGCUGCUUCGGCGACGAGCAGCUCGGCGACCUCGCCGACGAUCGGCGUUCCCUGGCGCCGGCAGCAGACGGCCGCGGCCGCCCUGCCAGCGGCUGCCCGCCCGCCCCCGCAGGGGCCGCGGCUUGCGAGUGGCCGCUGCGCGGCGCUAUUGCGGAGGUCGUUUUCGGCGCGGUUGGCGUCCGGCAGUGGCUCCGCGCCGCUCGGCUACGCGACUUGGCGGCGGCGGUGGUGAAGAUGUUCGACCUGAUGUUCGGCGGCGGCUGGCGAACAAACGCGGCCUCGAAGGUGGUGGCGGCGAUCGCGUGCUUCCGCCCUGCUGCUGGCCCUGGGCUUUCCCAGCUGCCGCGCGCCCAGCCUGCCCGCCGGGGCUUCGCGAGGCCAGGCCCUCCCCAAGCGGGGCUGCCAUCGCCGUGGGCUGUUAAGUGCCAGGGGGCGCGGAUGCCGUCAGCAGUGGGCAGCUGGCGCACGGGCGCCGCCGUGCUCUUCGCCUUCGUGCGCUACUUCGGGCCGUGCGAGCUCCUGGGGAUCCGAGCGUGCGACCUGGUUCCGCCUUCGCGUCGCGGGCGUUGUGCAGGCCUGAAGUGGGCCGUGAUGUUAGGCUCUCAGCAGAUGCAGAUCACGUUCAAUAUGGGGGCUCGCGACGAAACGGCGUUGGUGGACAACGUCGACCAGCUCCCCUUCAUCGAUGCUCUGCUCGCCCAGCUCCGCGCAAACGGAGGCCAGUCGCUGGAAUUCCCGUUCAGCUACCGCGAAUGGGCCGUGUCGUUCGAGGCGGUUUCCAAAUCCGUCGGCUUGGCAGGCGAGAUGACGCCACUCGCGGCGGAGGCGGCCGAGCAGAGCGUUUCCGUGUGGCUCCUGUGGAAUUGA